UUUUUUAGCAAAUGGCGUCAGUAGUAACACGGGCAUUGAAGCAGAACAACUUAAGAACACCAAAAUUAUGGAUGUAAUUUUGGAGUUGGAAACGUGAGAAGACCUUUCCAAUGAUUCCCAUGGGGAUCUGAGUUAAAAUAGGUUCUCAGUACAGACAGUACCCCUUGCUUGUUGUAAGAGCUGACUGAAUGGGGCGGUCCUUUAGGUGAGAUCACAAAAACCAAGGCCCCGUGUCACAGCAGGUGUUGCACAAUAAAGACCCUUCCCUGCUCAAAGGCUGGAAGUGCCAAGCAAAGGCCUAACUUUUGUAGCCUUUCACCGGCAAUGGUGAUGUCUCCAUAUGAGGGAAAGAUUCUCAAGUGGUACAUUAAACAAUAUACAAUCAACCAACCUUUCCAAUGAUACCAGAAUAUAUGGGUAGCUUAGAAGGCACACUUGACACAAAAUUACAUGAAGCUGUUCGCUAUGGUGACCUAGACGAAGUAAAGCUAGCACUUCAACAGGGAUAUGACCCAAAUCUUAUUGGAUUGUACCAGUGGAGUGCACUUCAUGAAGCAGCAAAUAAUGGGGAGUUAGACAUACUGAAAUUACUGAUAGCCAAGAAAGGUGAUCCAAACAAGAAAGACCUGUUGGUAGGAAACACUGCAGUUCAUUAUGCUGCACAAGAAAACUAUGCAGAAUGCCUGAAACUCCUCAUUGAUGCUGGAGGUCAUUAUGACACAAAGAACAAUGACGGCAAAUCAUGUCUGGAUCUGGCGACGGGAGAGUGCUUCAGUAUGCUGGAAUCGCUUACAAGAGACAGAACUAGUGAAGACAAGGAAGUCAAGGACCUUAUGGUUAUGUCAUCAAAGGAAGUCAAGAAACAGCUCCAAGAAGAGGUCAAAGACAAAUCAUGUGAACAGUCACAUGAUUCUUCAAAUGCACUGCCACAAGAAACUGAACUUGGACAAGCAGAGGACGUCAAACCACCAGCCAUGGGUUAUCUUCACCUGACGUUUGAGUACCACUCUCACAAAGAAAGUUUGAAAAUAAAAGUUUGGCAAAUCAGUGACCUUUUGCUUCCUCCUCCUCAGACCUCAAACAUCAAUUCCAUUUACAUAAAAAGUUUCCUUAUGCCUGAUAGAAAGAAAGAUUCCAAAAGAAAGACAGAAGAAUUAAAAGUUGAUCGUUCUGAAGCCCAUAUCAAAUCCACAACCUCCGCAAUGAAAGGAGGUAUCCAGCAUGUUUUUUCUCCUUCCUCUUUUAAAUUUUCUAAGAAACUGGAGUAUGAAGGCAUCUCUGCUGCUGUAGUGAAAGAAAAGAGCGUACAGAUAGAAGUGUGUAUUACUCAAAAAUACAGCAAAAGAUCUUUCCUCAUUGGGCUGUUUCACAUGUCACUUAAGGAGGCAGUUAAAAAGAUUGUCAGAGAGAAGUAUCCCUUGAUUCCUUGUGUGAACCACACCAUUCCUGUUAAUAUGAGGGUAUAUUGUGCUUCUGAACUCCAGAUAACAAAUUCUGCCAAAAUCUUUUAUAGCAAUCCAAACUUCAGGAAUCUCUCUGAGAGUGACUUUUCAGAAUAUUCUGACAGAGCAGCAAGUGACCCUGAUCUCAAAGGUGUUACCAUAGUGAAAGAUGCCAUCACUCCCCGUAAUGUUGUUUUGAAUAUUGGUGAAGAAUGCGAUGAAGUUUUAGAUAUGGUGGUCGGACGUUAUGAUAAGGAGAACAGGUCUGCUAGAGUUAUGAUUCCUGGUGAAUUUGUUGAAGAAGAACUCAAUGAAUCUGAUUACAGUAGCAUUUCUAAUGUGAUAGAAAUCACAGACAUGACAGAUGAUAUGGCUGAACAGAACAGAAAAUCACACUUUUCAUCCAUUGUGAAAUCUGUCAAAAUGAAAACAAAGGUUGAAAAGUUGAAAGAAUCCUCUGACUCAAGGACAGAUUCAGAUGCUACCAGUGUUUCAAUUGGAGUAGAGGAUUGGAAGUAUAAUGAAGUCAAACAAAAGUCUGGGUCAAGGCCAGAAACCCCUACAUGGGACUAUUAUGACUUACCAAUGCAAACUGUUGAAAUUCCUCUGGAUGAGAAUGAGGGUCCAAAACAAGGAUAUGCUCCAGUAUGUCUUCCAAUGGAAACUACACUUGGGUUAAUGCAGUCCAAAAUUAAAAACCUUAAGAAACCCAAGGCUGUCAAGAUGGAAAGUAAAUCAAAGGAUCUGAAAACCCUUCCUGUAAUUGUUGUGACUGACUCCGACAGUGGUGUGUCAAGGUCACUUGACAAAAGUUUUAAAGCCAGGGUGCCAAGAGAGGAGGUGACUUCUACCAAACCAAGAAGUAGCAACAAAAAGAGAAAAUCUACCAAAGGGUCUGUGUCAAUCGAUUUGGAAUCUUUUGACAAACCUGUUAAGACAAAAGAUGGAAAAUUCCAAGUGACUGCUGACAUUCAUGUUCCUAGUGCCAAGACUUCAGGUCAAGAAACAGCUAUUGAUAUUGGUGAUACUGAUUCUGUGAUAAUUGAAUUAGAAAACUUAGAAUCCGAGUUAAAAAAUGUAGAAUUAUCGGAGAAGACUCAUGACUCUAGCAGAAGUCAUGUUGUUUUGAUGCCGAGUGAUGAUUUGUCCUCCAAUCUAACAGCCAUGAGGCCCAUUCCUCAGCAAGUUUUUAUCGAGGAUAGUUUGUACGAGAGUGGGGAUGACUCUAGUGAAAUGUCAGAAUUCACUUUACCAUUUGUUCCAUUUACAAGUAAAAAUGAUCACAUGAUCAGUGAAGUUUGAUACAUGUACAACAAAUAUUCAUUUAUCUUUAAAGGUUCAUUUAAUUUAGAUUAGGAAUAAUUCUGAUGUACUAAAUAACAAGAAAAAGGAUUUCUGAAAGAUGGCCUUGAACUUUUAUAUGAACAUUUAGGAGAGCCAUUCUUAGUUAACUGGGAUCAGUUUUACAAGCUAGGACUUCACAAACUAUAAAAUUGUAUUAGACAGGGGGCAGUAGAACUCCAUUGCUUUAUUUUGGAAAAAAGUUCCUGAUUAAGGGUUGCCUUUUUAGCUCACCUGAGCUGAAAGCUCAAGUGAGCUUUUCUGAUCACCUUUUGUUUGUCGUCCGUCUGUCCAUAAAAUUUUCUCAUUUUCAUCGUCUUUUCCAGAACCACUGGGCCAAUUUCAAUCAAACUUGGUACAACUCAUCCUUGGGUGAAGGGGAUUCAAGUUUAUUCAAAUGAAGGGUCAUACCCCUUUCAAGGGGAGAUAAUCAUGAAAAGGCAAAAAUAGGGUGGAGUCAUUUAAAGAUAUUUUUCUCAAGAACCACUCAGGCAGAAGAGUUGAAAUUUACAUGACAGCUUUCUGACAUAGUGCAGAUAUCCAGGUUUGUUAAAAAGUAGGGUGGGGCCACAAUAGGGGCUCUAAUUUUUGCAUGCAAAUAUAUGAACAAAAUUUUCUUAAAAGUCAAAAACCAUUUGGCCAGAAAAAUUUAUACUUCUACGUAAAUGAAAGCUUCCUGAGAUAGAGGAGAUCCAAAUUUGUUCAAAUAAUGGUCCCCAGAGGUAGGGUGGGGCCACAAUAUGGGAUUAAAGUUUUAUGUUGAGAUAUAGGAAAAAUCUCCUCAAGAAGUGCUGACCCAGAAAAACUGAUAAUUACAUGAAAGCUUUCUGAUAUAAGAGUAGAUUCAAGUUUGUUCAAAUCGUGGUUCUGAGAGGUAGGGUGGGGCCACAAUAGGGGAUCAAAGUUUUGCAUGCUGAUAUGUAGGAAAAAUCUUUAAAAUUCUUCUUUUCAUGAACCACUGGGUCAGCAAAGUUGAAAUUUACAUGAAAGUUUCCUGACAUAGAGUAGAUUGAAGUUUUUUCCCCUUCAAAUCAAGGCCUCUGGGUGUAGCAUGGGGCCACAAUAGGGGAUAAAAGUUUUAUGGGAAUAUACAAAAAAAUUAUUUAAUUUUUUAUACUCCUGCGACUAUAGUCAGGGGCUUAUCAUUUUGUCAUUGUCUGUCUGUCUGAAACUUUAACCUUGCUCAUAACGUUUAAGUGGUAAAUGAUAGGGCUUUCAUAUUUUAUUACAUAUUCCUUGUGACAUGAUAUUUUCUUCCGUACCAAAGUUUUUAACUUUGUGACCUUGACCUUGGAGUUUGACAAACUUUAAAGAAAACUUUAUUUAUUCAAUAUAUCCUGAACUCUUUAAGUUAGGGCUUUCAUAAUUUGCAUAAAGAUUCCUUAUGGUAAGGCCUUUAAUUUCAUACAUGACUGUUGGCCUUGUGAUUUUGACCUUGGAGUUUGACCCAAAUUUCAAAACCCUGAAUUUACUCAUUCAAAUAAUGAGUGAUAGGGCUGUCACAUGUCAUAAAUAAAUUCCUUGUGACAAAGUCUUUUUUAAACCUUGUAUUAAAGUUUCUAAUCUUGUAAAUCCGGUGUAGGAAAAUCAUCAAAAUUUGAUGUGCUUCAUUAAGUUUUGAAGACAUAGCAUACAUUGAUAUUUUCAUAAUACAUGUAAUGUAAUUUAAAUUUGACACCUCAUUACGUUUAAAGAACUAUAUAUGGUGUGCAUGAAUACAUGAUGUAUGCAAAUUAAGUAUUUCUGGAUGUGUGUUUAAAUAUAUCGACUACUUAAAAAUCCUUAAACAUGAAACAAAUAGUGCUAUGAUUUUUUAGGUAAAUAUUUUAUUGUAAAAAAAAAGUUAAUAUCGCACUUUUUAUGGUUGAAAAAGCAUGGUAAGUAUUUGAAAAUGGGUCAUGCUCCUCAUCAAGGUCUCAUCAAAAGUCUGUAAAAGCCUGAAUUAUGUGAUCAUUUCCACAUGAAUCUAAUUGUAAACAUUGACAUCAGUGAGACAGAGAAUGCAUGUAUAUCCUGGACAUGUUUUCACCCUCAGCCGGUUUGUUGUGUUUUCGCAUUCAGAUAUUUUAGUAUAGAUUAUUCAUUGGACAGUCGUAUAAAUAAUCCAGUGAACUGUAUCACAUUUUAAUUCCAUGCUUUAAUUCUGUGCAGGAACGAAUUUCAUAUUAGCUAGCCCAUACCAGAUUUUCUUGUUUUGCUUGAUAGCCAUAUGUCACAACAAGUUAUACAAGCCUUUUUGCAUUUAUUUGUGGCAAUAUGACCCCUCAUUGUAAGUAAACACUAAUUUAAAGAUAUAUGAAUGCAUAAACAUAGAAUUCAUAAUUUGUGUAUCAAUGAUCGAUGUGACCUAGUUCUUAAAAAAAAAAAGUCUUUGAAGAUCACAACAGCUGAACAACAUAAGUGACUCGGGUCAGCGAUGUGGUCCAGACUCGGGUCAGUGAUGUGGUCCAGACUCGGGUCAGCGAUGUGGUCCAUAGGCCUCUUGUUCAGCCAUCCUUCAGAAACUUGAUAAUCUGUAGUUUUAACUGUAUAUUGAAAUUUAUAAUUAUACAUUUAUAUACAAAUAUAUUUAUAUAUAUAUAUAUUUAUACUCCCUAUUGAUUUAUAAUUUAAGAAACAACGAGAGCAUAUUGAUACACAUUUGUAAUGAACGACAGUUUUAUAUUCAUGUACAUGUAGACUAAAAAAUAUAUCAUUGUUUAAAGGUUUGAUGCAUUUAUAAUAUUGAGGCAAACAACAGUUACCAAAAUAAAUUAAAGAAAUACAAAAUGGCACUGUAAAUAAGUAUUCCGUAACAAUUGAUGAUAGAACUUUGUUUUAGCACUAUUUUGUUCCACGCAGACUGUUUUUGUGCACUUGUUUAUCUGUAAACACGGUCCCAACAAAUGUGUAAUUUUUACUUUUGUAUUAUUACGUGUAUGUAUCUUUUAUAUUAUCCAUCCAUGAGAAGAGUUGUGGUAAAUUAGGUGCAACUUUCUUGUUUUUACUCAAGUUUGCAUACUUUUGAGAAGUUCAAUUUGCAAUCGCUAGUUGUUGUUUCUGAGAUUUAUUUUAUUUUUCUUCUUGCUUGAAGCUGAUUUGAGACAAUGUAGCAGGAGAGCUUGUGUUGUUGUAUCAAUGUGUAUUAAGUUAAUAGUCUUUUCUUUGAUUAUGAUUUUAAAUUCUUAUACAUAUUUUCUUGACUGUGCAAUACAUAUUUUAUAAUGAUAUUAUAUUUUGAUAUACAUAUAAGGAACUAUUCAGCAUUGAGUCGGGUUUUGUUAAGGUUUGUUAGAAUGUUGCGGACAGUGCUUUUUGUAUGCAUUUUGAUUAGGACUCUGAAGGCUAAGAAAUAAGUCGGAUCAAGAAUUUUUAAAAGAAUUGGUAUAAAAUAAUAUUGAAUACUUAAAAUAACUAUAUACAUGUAUGAAGUGUAAUUUAAUGGAAAGAUUUAAAUAUAAUUGAAUGCUAAUGAUAUAAACUAGAAAAAAAAAAUGAUUUAUUUCCUGCAGAGGUAUUAAUCAUGCACACCUAUGGCAAUUUUUUUUUCAAUGAUAUACUUUUGAUCAGUUUUUGAAUGAUAUAAUUAUCAUUGAGCACAGUUUGCAAUCAGGGAGGAGGAAUUUUUUUUAGUAAGAACUGGAGAAUUUGCACAGAUGAUAAUUAGAACAAUUGUUAUAGCACUGUAUUGCUACCGAAAUAUUUCAACUUCUGUUUAUACAGAUAAAUAAAUAUAAACACAAAAA